AUGGUUGCCGACACUCUUAUCUACCAUCCCACGCUCACCAAGUUGGUCACCUUCUGGGACAGCACUCCCAAGAGAGAGAAGUCGUUCAGAUUGCUUGCGUACUUAUCUCGAUUCUUAGCCUACUAUGCCUACAGAAAGGGCUACUCUGCUGAGACCAUCCUGUUGUUCAAGGACUUGAAGUCGCACUUCACCUUCAUCAGAAAGGGAUUGAGAUUCUUCAAGCCUAUCAACCAUUUGCAGACUGCUGCUAAGACGUACGACAACAAGUUGUUGGAUCCAGUGUUGCAAGCUACCACCGUGAUCAGAAACUUGGGUUACGCUGGUUACUUGACCUUGGACACUGUAGUAUGGUUCAAGUUGUUGGGUUUGAUCGACAAGAAGAACUAUCCUAACGUCGGCAAAUGGGCUUCCAGAUUCUGGUUCAUCGGCUUGGUUGCUGGUAUCGUCAACUCGUUGCACAUCAUCAAGUCUUUGUCUAACGAAAAGAUCUCUGCCGAAAACCAGGCUGCCAGAGAAAAGAAGCUCUACACCGCUAAGAGAAAGUUAGUGUGGGACUUGUUGGAUGCCUUCAUCUGUUUGAACACAUUGGAUGUCUUGCACUUCACCGAAGGAGACAUUGGUUUGGCUGGUAUCAUCACCUCUGUCAUGGGUUUGAAGGACUUGUGGGCUGCCACUGCUUAA